AUGUCUCGUAGUUCAAUAUCUUUUCUAAAUACUCCUCCACGUUCUCAAAAUGACAUUAAUAAACCAAAAUCUCAAGCAACCUCAAAACAAUCUAUUGAUCCGGCCUUGUUAUUUCCUUUUUCCCCUAAAAAUGAAAUUAUUCUUGCUUUUGGUAUUCGUAGAUCUUUCGGGACCAUUCGUACAACCCUGAUAUUAUCCGAUGGUCAGUGUCCGCCAAAUGUUAUGGAUAAAAUUUUAAAUGAUAACUUAGACUAUUUGCAGCAAAUGCUGGAUGCAUACGAUAAAAAAACUUUGGCCGCUCCACCAACUACGAUGGGUGAUAAACCCUUUGAUCUUACCGAAGCCUCUCUUAGCAACCUGCUUCUGCUCGAUUCGUCCGUUUGUAAAAACUUAAUCUGCAGCUUCAAAGAAGAGAACGUGACAUGGGAACAAUGGAGUAGUGAUGAAUUACGAGAAAAGAUAAUUCAGCAUUAUUUUGAAGAAAGAAUUAAUGUUAUUGAAAUUUUAUGCUAUUUAUUUUUUCUAGCAUUAGAUCCAGAUAAAGUGUAUCACGAAUUGUCAAUAGAAAUAAUUCAAAAUCAUUUUUUAGAUGAUACCUUUAAAGAUAGAAUAUUUGAUCAAUUUAAACGAAAAUCUCAACAAGAUGUACCUCAAAACUUUUUGGAUGCUGACUUAGCAACAUUAUGGGCAACUCAGUCUAUAAAAGAGCAAAAAGUUUUAUUAGAUCUUUUGUUCCUACGAUAUGCUGUACAAUCUCCAGAACAAUCAUCUCAUUUGUUGUUAUUAAAAUUUCUCAACCAUUCGAUUAGUACAAGAUUUGGUCGUGAUCAGCCUACUGACCGAUUUCUUGAUCCAUUUGGAAAAGAAAUCGUUUCUCAAACCCACGAUCUUAGUCAAAUUUUGGUAAUCAUAAUUCUAUUUGUUGAAUUUAAUGUUGAUAUUAUUCUACCAUCUGCUCCUUUACGUCUCAAACGACCUGCAUCACAACAAGAUAUCAUGGCUAUCAAUGAAGUUGCAUUAAAAAUGGGCAAUGAUCCAACACAUGGAAUUUUUUUAUGGAUUUGGUCAUCAUAUUUAUCUCAUUUACAAACCUAUUUUGACGAAACGAAUUGGCUUUAUGCUUAUCAAGAACUUGAAACGAUCGUGAAUAGUAUAACAAGGGAAUUCGGUAUCAAAGCAUUCAAGCUUAAUGUAAUUAAGUAUAUUAACCUUGUCCUAACUGGUUCGUGUUUUCGACCAGAAGAACCAUAUGUUACAGGUUACAAAUUAGUAUUUAAGCACUUUUUCAUGUCAAUCUUUGAAGCUUAUGAGGUUAACCAUUUACCGGAUUAUGAAGGUCUUGUGGAAUGUUUUGCGUUAGUAUUUGGAGAGUAUGGCCCAUGUCAAGAAUUUUGGGAAGAGGACUUCGAUCAUCCUAAACGAAGGUCAUUAUUGGAUUUGGCAAUAGCUAGAUUUCCACAACAAUUUGGUCCACUCAUGCGGUUGCUUACUGCUUUAUCUGCCAAUUCUGCUUCUGCGAAAUAUGUAUUUGAAUUUUUACGAUCAUUCUCUGUAUGUUGUUGCUUGGCUAAUGACGGACAAAUAAAUGUAGUUGAAUCUGGUCAAUAUGUAGUAUUGGCUAGUCAACCUAUUAAAAUAUUUGAAGACUUUUAUCAAAAGACUAUUACAAUUCCACAGGGUACAUAUGGUAACAUAGUCUCUCUCACCAAUGGGAACAAGAUAGUUCGUUGGAAAUUCAAUUAUUCGGCUUGGCAUCUUUUUGGAAACAUGUUAGAAUCUUUUCCUAUGACACAAAUUGAUAAGUCAGGAUCCAUUUCAUCGUUAUCAGAUGAUACUAUAAUUUCUAGAAUUAGGGAUAUUUUGCAACUUUUACAUACAGUUUUAACAUAUGCACCAAAUUUAGUUAAACCAUUUAUCGAGCACUUAGAAUCAC